AUCUGCAUUUACAUUUACUUACACACUCCCGCGUCCAUUGCAGAAACAAAACUCGCAGUCUUUACAACGCUUAAUUAAAGAAGUAAUAAUUGGAACUAGACUUAAUCAGAAUGGAGGGCUUUGACGAUGCUGGUGUAUUCUUCUCUGAUAACUUCGGAAAUGAUCAUCAACCUGAUGGGGCCCAGAUUAACUUGCAGGCUGUGAAGAAGAAAUACAAGGAAUUCAUUCGUACCUUUAACGAGGACAAUUUCUUCUACAAAUACAGAGACACUUUGAAGCGCAACUAUCUCAAUGGACGUUAUUUCCUUGAAAUUGAAAUGGAGGACUUGGUGGGAUUCGAUGAGGCCCUGGCAGAUACAUUGAACAAGCAGCCGACAGAGCAUUUGCAGAUUUUCGAAGAAGCGGCCCGCGAGGUGGCUGAUGAAAUAACAGCGCCUCGUCCCGAGCAUGAGGAGCACAUGCAGGAUAUUCAAAUACUGCUUUCGUCCAGCGCAAAUCCAACAAAUGUUCGUGAGAUAAAGUCUGACAGUGUGUCACGUCUGGUGAAAAUUGCCGGUAUAAUUGUGGCGGCUUCGGGCAUUAGGGCCAAGGCCACACGCAUGUCGAUUAUGUGUCGGUCCUGCAGCACAGUUAUUCCAAAUCUUAAGGUUAAUCCUGGCCUAGAGGGUUAUGCCCUGCCACGCAAAUGCACCACCGAGCAGGCUGGUCGCCCUAAAUGUCCUUUAGAUCCGUUUUUUAUUAUGCCGGAUAAAUGCAAAUGUGUAGACUUCCAAACGCUCAAGUUGCAGGAACUGCCAGACUUUGUGCCGCAGGGUGAAAUACCUCGGCACUUGCAGUUGUUCUGCGAUCGAUCCUUGUGCGAGCGUGUUGUUCCCGGAAAUCGUGUGCUUAUCCAAGGCAUCUAUUCGAUUCGUAAAGUGGGUAAACCCUCCCGUCAAGAUGGCCGAGAGAAGGCAGUUGUAGGUGUAAGGGCGCCAUACAUGCGAGUGGUGGGCAUCACUGUGGACACUGAGGGCGCUGGAGCAAUUUCUCGCUACAGCAAUAUCACCAUCGAUGAGGAAGACAACUUCAGGCGUAUGGCCGCCUCCAGUGACAUUUACGAUCGUCUGUCCAAAUCUCUGGCUCCCAGCAUAUUUGGUUCCAACGACAUUAAGAAGGCCAUUACUUGCCUAAUGUUUGGUGGAUCGCGAAAACGUCUGCCAGACGGUCUUUGCAGACGUGGCGAUAUCAACGUGUUGUUGCUGGGUGAUCCGGGAACAGCUAAAUCCCAAUUGCUUAAGUUUGUGGAGAAAGUGGCCCCAAUUGGUGUUUAUACAUCGGGUAAGGGCUCUAGUGCAGCUGGUCUAACAGCCUCUGUUAUGAAAGAUCCUCACACGCGAAACUUUGUCAUGGAAGGCGGAGCCAUGGUCUUGGCCGACGGAGGUGUCGUUUGCAUUGAUGAGUUCGACAAAAUGCGUGAAGAUGAUCGUGUGGCCAUCCACGAGGCCAUGGAACAGCAAACCAUAUCUAUCGCUAAGGCUGGCAUCACAACCACCCUAAACUCGCGUUGUUCUGUUCUGGCAGCAGCCAAUUCCAUUUUCGGCCGUUGGGAUGAUACCAAAGGGGAGGAGAAUAUUGAUUUUAUGCCAACGAUCUUGUCGAGAUUCGAUAUGAUAUUCAUUGUCAAAGAUGUGCACGAUGAGGCGCGGGACAUUACGUUGGCUAAGCAUAUCAUCAAUGUCCAUCUCAGUUCGAACAAGUCGGCUCCUACAGAGCCAGCCGAGGGUGAAAUAUCAUUGGCUACAUUCAAGAAAUACAUCCACUACUGUCGCACACAUUGCGGACCGCGUCUAAGCGAGGCUGCCGGCGAGAAACUAAAGAGUCGCUAUGUUCUGAUGCGUAGUGGCGCUGGUCAGCAGGAAAAGAACUCCGAUAAGCGUCUUAGCAUUCCCAUAACUGUCCGCCAGCUGGAGGCUGUGAUCCGCAUUUCAGAAUCUUUGGCUAAAAUGCGUUUGCUUCCAUUUGCUACUGAUGAGCAUGUUAACGAAGCACUGCGUCUGUUCCAAGUAUCGACUCUCGAUGCCGCCAUGACAGGCAGCUUGGCUGGCGCCGAGGGUUUCACCACAGAGGAGGAUCAAGAGACUCUAAACCGUAUAGAGAAACAAUUGAAGCGUCGCUUUGCCAUCGGAUCUCAAGUGUCGGAACAAAAUAUUUUACAGGACUUUUUGCGACAAAAGUAUGAGGAGCGAACUGUUAUGAAAGUUAUUCACACCAUGAUUCGAAGAGGCGAACUACAGCACAGAAUGCAGCGCAAAAUGUUGUAUCGCAUUUGCUAAUCCCUUUUCACAUUUAAAUUAUUUGCCUAGUACAACAUUUUUUCUAAGUUAUUAAGUUUUCAUCUCACAAAUGAACUUUGAAUUUAUAAUUAUUUGUUCGUAAAUUUCUUUAUUUUCCCUAUAUUUUAUUUCUAAAAAUUCCCAUUUAUCAUAAUAAACUCAGAAAUUUAGCGUCUAA